AGAUAGCCUGAUGUGGGAGGGGCAUUAGAGGCUGCCUUACCAUCAAAGCAGUUGGUGAAAGAAUGGCCACCAGACAUACUCAAUCCGAGGAUGACCUUUCCUGUCCAAUUUGCGGAUAUAUUCUGAAUCAUCCAGUGGUCCUCACCUGCAGACACAGAUUCUGUAAGGCCUGUCUACAAGACAGCUGGGACACACAAGACCAAAAGGACUCCCACUACUGUCCUCUGUGCUGGCGUUGCUCUUCAAUGGAUCAAAUUGUGGUAAACACUGUGCUAGAGAAGGCCUGUGAAUCCUUCAAAGGCGACAGAAGCAGGAACGACCCAGAUACUUGUAGAGAGCAUGGAGAAAACCUGACACUCUUCUGUUUGGAGGAUUUGGAACCGAUCUGUGGUCUUUGUGGCAAAGCAGCUGCGCACAAGGGGCACAGACUCUAUCCCAUUGCAGAGGGUGCCCAUGAUUGUAAGGAGGAGCUGAAGAGCGCACUUCUGCCCUUGAAAGAGAAGCUACAGCUGUACAAGAAUGCGACAGUAGCAUGUGAGGAGGUGACUGAACAUAUAAAGAACCAAGCUAAACACACUGAAGCACAGAUCAAAAAGGAAUUUGAAGCUCUUCACAACUUCCUUAAGGAGCAGGAGGCUACUAGACUUGCAGAUUUAAAGGCUGAGGAGGAACAGAAGAAUCUAAUGAUCAGUCAGAAGAUUGAGGAGAUAAACAAUGAAGUGGCAACUCUUUCUAACAUUAUCAGAACAGCAGAACAGGAAAUGAAGAGUCAAGACAUCCCAUUCCUUAAGAAUUACAGGGAGACAAUCAGAAGAACCUGGAAAACUUCUCCUGAUCCACUGAUGUUAUCUGGAACACUAAUAGAUGUGGCAAACCACUUGGGCUCUUUGAAAUAUAAAGUGUGGGAGAAGAUGAAAAAAAUUGUUAAAUAUACUCCAGUGAUACUGGAUCCAAAUACAGCAGCAAGCUGUUUCAUCUUGUCUGAAGAUCUCACAGUUCUGCAAAACUCUACCCAGAUCUUCAAGCUCCCAGACAAUCCAGAGCGCUUUGACGUUAGUGCAGAGAUGCUUGGUGCUGAGGGCUACUCCUCUGGACGUCACAGCUGGGAUGUGGAGGUGAAUGACAACACCUACUGGGUUUUAGGAAUAGCCAGCGAGUCCAUUAACAGGAAGGGAAAACACGUGCUGACACCGGCAGAGGGAUUCUGGACUAUAAGAUAUCGUAAUGGAGAACAUAAAGCCUGCACAGCGCCCUGGGAGCCACUUAACAUGUCUAAGAAGCCAGACGUGAUAAGAAUGGUUUUGGAUAUGGACAGAGGAAAGGUGGCAUUUUAUGACCCCAGAGAGCGAACGCCUCUCUACACCUUCACAAAUAUCAUCACACCCCGAGCUUUUCCUUAUUUUUGUACUGCUUGUAAAGAGCAUCCACUGAAAAUCCUACCAGAAAAGAUAACCUUAUCAACUGAGUAAUAACUGAGCUAAAAUAAAGCACUCCAGCUAAGUUUUCAUAUUACAUUCUUUACAGUACUACCUUACAUCUGUUAAGAUUUUAUUUAUUGUCUUUGUUCAAUAAUGGUGAAAAGUUCAGCUUAUAAUAGCUUGAAAUGAAUGAAAAAACACUUCUUUUUUUUAAAGAAGUUGUUUAUUAGAGUUACAACACAACUCAGAGAUUUGGGCUUGCA